UUUCUACGUCAUCAACAUUGGACCGUCUAUCCAUGCUUAUGAAUGUCACAUUGGUCUACUGGGGAAUUGUAAAUGUUUACUAAUUGUAUCUGGAUUUAUCGAGUCUGAUUACGAGCAACUAACACAGCUUUGAGUCGCUUUAACACGGGUAUUCAAACACAUUAUUUAAUUAUCUAGGAAGCUGAAUUAAUUGAAAUUUCAUAUCUCUACCUCGCUUCUUGCAUGAAGACGUGAGAAGUGAUCAUGGUUCAUCUCACAUCCUUACUGUUGAAGAAGUACCAUGGAGGACAUGUGGUCAUCAGAAUGUCUCUGGGUGGUGCAACCAACCGACCGUUUUACCGCAUUGUGGCCGCAUACAACAAGAGAGCUCGAGACAGUAAAUACAUAGAGCAGCUUGGAUCAUACGAUCCUCUGCCCAACAUUCACAAUGAGAAGUUGGUCAGUUUCAAUUAUGACCGGAUUAAGUACUGGAUUGGGUGUGGGGCUCAUCCAACCAAGCCUGUUGCCAAACUUUUAGGGCUGGCAGGAUUUUUCCCUCUCCAUCCCAUGACGGUGACUGAGGCGGAACGACGGAGGAAAAGAGCCGAGCUGGAGGCGGCCAUCGCCGCGGCCACAGCCGUGGAGAACGCUGAGGAGGCCAAGGAGCAUGAGCUGGACCAGUAGGCCACCAGCGGCGCUCCACAAUGGCUAGGGGUCAGCAGAGAGACUGUGAGUUUCCUAGUGGGACACUCCUUUGAGACGGUGGUUUCUCCUCUUCCCAGUAAUUUGUCAUCCGGCCACCAUGGACCUUUUUUUCAUCUUCAGUCCCAAUUGAGCCCUUUUGAAGAGAUGCUCCAAAAAUACUAUUAGGAAAUAAUUAAGAAUUGUUAAGAAAUGCAAACACUUCUACUAAGAAGUGUUAUGCAAAGUCACAGGCUUCUCUAAAAACCCACAUUUGACCGAUUAGAGUAUUUAAGUGCAGCUUUUGAAAGGAGAUGAAUUGUAACAAUCUGUUGAUCUCAAAGUUAUCUUUGUGUAUAUAUAUCACUGUUUAAAUAUUUUGCUUGAGGUCAGAUACGGUUUCCAGGACAAAAGAGGGGUUACCCAUCGUACGCUUGCCAUGAUAAAAGCUCACUAAUCAGAUCAGAAAAUAUGUAAUGUCGUCAGAAAUGGGUGUAUGAGGAAAUUGAGUUGCUUUGAAGGCAAUGGGUGUAUGAGGAAAUUGAGUUACUUUCCCUUGUUCAUUGUCAGUGAUUAAAAAGUAAAACACCUUCAGACUGGGUAUUUUCUUUAUUCUUUUUAUAUUUAAACAUGACGACUUCUAUAAAAGUUACAACUGAUACUGGAUGCAUCUGGGCAAAACAGAUUAAAUAAAAUGUUUUCAUCCAUUUUUGUGAUAA